CUUAAAACAAACUCGGGAGCCCGAGCAGCCCUUAGUCCAACUUCUCCCUCUUAAACUUCAUCUCAUUUUCUCUCCCACAGAAACCCAAGAGACCAAGUAAAUAUACAACAAUGAUUCAAAGAGCCAGAGCCUCUCUUCGCCAUGUCUUGCACAAAUCUUCACCUUUGCAUUCUUCCAUUUCCAAGGUCAGAGCUAGGCACCUUUCAUCUGUUAAUGUUGCUGCAUCAUUAAAAGCUGAUGACCCAUCUACUCUUACAUGUGAGCUUGACAAUUUCGACUGGGAUAAUCUUGGGUUUAAUCUGAUGCCUGCGGAGUUUAUGUACACGAUGAAGUGUUCGAAAGGUGAGAAUUUUACUCAAGGAGAGCUUUGUCGCUAUGGAAACAUUGAAUUGAGCCCUUCUGCUUGUGUUCUCAACUAUGGCCAGGGAUUGCUGGAAGGAGCCAAAGCCUUUAGGGGAGAGAAUGGGCGCCUUCGUUUGUUCCGGCCUGAACAGAAUGCAAUUAGGAUGCAAAUUGGGGCAGAAAGAAUGUGCAUGCCUUCGCCUUCCACGCAUCAAUUCGUUGAAGCUGUAAAAGAAAUUGCUCUGGCAAACCAUCGUUGGAUUCCACCAACCGGAAAAGGGUCACUUUAUAUUAGGCCGUUGCUUAUGGGAAGUGGCGCUAUACUUGGCGUCGCUCCUUCUCCUGAAUACACAUUUCUCAUAUAUGCUUCCCCUGUUGGCAACUAUUUCAAGGAGGGUACAGCAGCAUUGAAUAUGUACGUUGAGGAGGAAUUUCAUCGCGCUUCGCGUGGUGGAGCUGGAGGCAUUAAAGCUAUUACAAACUACUCUCCAGUUUUAAAAGCUCAGGCCAAUGCAAAGAACAGGGGAUUCUCUGAUGUACUAUACCUUGAUUCCAAUAGUAAGACGAACAUCGAGGAGGCCAGUUCUUCUAACGUCUUUAUUGUUAAGGGUAAUGUGAUUUCCACGCCAGCACUUAGUGGUACCAUUCUUGAAGGAAUUACGAGGAAAAGCAUCAUUGAGAUUGCAAAGGAUCUUGGAUACAAAGUUGAAGAAAGGUGUGUUAAAGUGGAGGAACUAAACGAUGCUGACGAAGUUUUCUGCACUGGAACUGCUGCAGGCGUUGCUCCGAUAGGAAGUGUUACCUAUCAGGAUAAAAGGGUAAAUUACAGUAUGGAGGGGCAGCUCAUUUCCCAGAAACUAUAUUCCACACUUGUUGGGAUUCAGAGAGGGCUUAUCGAAGAUAAAUGGGGAUGGAUAGUAGAGAUAGACUGACCUACAAAUCAUUUCAAAUGCUCUGUAUGUCAAAAAUAUAUGUUUUCGGAGAACCUCAUAAUGAAUAACACACAUUAUUGUCA